AUGGAUGUUGACGUCGGCAAGCCGGCCCAGCCUCAUGGCCUGUCUCCCGCUACAGAUGCCCAAUCAAUACCAACGUUGGACGGCUGGAUAGAGAGCUUGAUGGACUGCAAACAAUUGUCAGAGGCUGAUGUGUCGAGGCUUUGCGAUAGGGCAAGAGAAGUUCUUCAGGAGGAGUCAAAUGUACAGCCAGUGAAAUGCCCUGUCACAGUCUGCGGUGACAUCCACGGGCAGUUCCACGACCUGAUGGAACUGUUUCGCAUUGGCGGGCCGAAUCCUGACACGAACUACCUCUUUAUGGGUGAUUAUGUGGACCGUGGCUACUACUCGGUCGAGACCGUGACUCUGCUCGUCGCCCUCAAGAUCCGCUACCCUCAAAGAAUCACCAUUCUCCGUGGAAACCACGAAUCCCGACAGAUCACCCAAGUCUACGGCUUCUACGAUGAAUGCCUGAGGAAAUAUGGCAACGCCAACGUCUGGAAGUACUUCACAGACCUCUUCGACUACCUGCCUCUCACAGCCUUGAUCGACAACCAAAUCUUCUGCCUCCACGGCGGCCUCUCCCCUAGCAUUGACACGCUCGACAACAUCCGCUCUCUGGACAGAAUUCAAGAAGUGCCGCAUGAAGGACCCAUGUGUGACUUGCUAUGGUCUGACCCUGACGACCGGUGUGGAUGGGGAAUCAGCCCCAGAGGUGCAGGGUACACCUUUGGUCAGGACAUCUCCGAGGCUUUCAACCACAACAAUGGGUUGACACUCGUGGCCCGAGCCCAUCAGUUGGUCAUGGAGGGCUACAAUUGGAGUCAAGAUCGAAACGUGGUGACCAUUUUCAGUGCGCCCAACUACUGCUACAGAUGCGGUAAUCAGGCGGCCAUCAUGGAGAUUGACGAGCAUCUGAAAUAUACCUUCUUGCAAUUCGACCCAUGUCCCAGGGCUGGGGAGCCUAUGGUCAGCCGCAGGACGCCAGACUACUUCCUCUAA